AUGGCUGCCACGGCUAUUCUCCGAUCGAUUCGCCGACGCGACGUCGUCUCUGCGCCUCUUUCCGUCUACAAAUCUCUUGCUGGUAAUGCUCAACCGUCAUUGGGUGGUUCCUACAUUGGUCAAAACUAUGCGAGUUUGUUUAGAGCUUUCGGGUCGAAACCUGUUGUGAAUGACAUUCUCGGUACUGGUUUGGGUACUACCAACACAAGUGAUGCCACUAGAGAGGAGAGAGAGCGUUCAAAAGCCGUUGCUCAAUCUUUCCGAGCUCUUGGUGUGGGAACAACGAAACACAUGUUCUCUACAAUCUCAGGGGAUAUAAAGACAGCACAGGAGGAGCCGAAAACGAAAAGCUUUCGCCCUUUAUCUCCUCACCUUCCGGUUUAUCAGCCUCAGAUGAACUCCAUGUUGUCGAUUUUCAACAGAAUCUCAGGGGUUUACUUGACCGGAGUCUUUUUCACCGGAUAUCUUCUCUACCUGAAAAUGGGUAUGAUCUGCCUCACUUACCCGGGUUUCUACCAAGUUCUUUUCCAUGUACAGCAGCAACUUCCGGUCAUCACCUCGGUUACUGCUUUAGCCGCGCUUUACCAUACGAUCAAGAGUAUUCACUCGCUCUUGACCCAUUAA